AUGGACGACCAUUACCAGCAACCCAUUUGGCCAAUGUUGCAGGGCGCGGUUGAUUACGCACUCAACAUUGCGGGCGAGAUCUGGAGUAUGAUUUGGAUAUCGAAGCCCGAGCUCCGCGCAGUGCCAGUGAUUGCGCAGCCUGCGUAUGAUGCGAAACACGUUGCGCAAGUGGUUAUGGCGACGGCCUCAACAGGCAUCAGCGACCAUCAACCAGACCGAAGGUACUUGAGCCAAGAUCCAUCGCGACCUAUCAAGAAAUAG